AGUAUUAUGCUAAUUGGGAGAGAGGGUCCCGCCCCUCUUCCCUGCCGUACUAGGGACCGUAGCUGCCUGGAGAGAAGUGAAUGGCAAGGAAAGGUACAAAAGAGCGUUGAACUGGAACGAGGAGCUCAAGCGCCGGCGGAGAGCGCGCUUCCCUCGGCCCCGGGCAGAGCUCUCCUCGCCUGGGUCUCUCCCUCUCUCUUUCGGCGAAGAAUUCCCCGUCAUUUCGUCAAGGGCUUUGAGAAGAGCCAAUUGCAGCCCACCUUCUCUCCGGAGAGACUUUCCCUCCCUCCAGACAGGAAAGCCGAGGGCGAACUAGCCUCAGACCGAACUCCUUCAGCAGAUCUUUGGGAGAAAGUCGGGGAUCAUGAAUCGGGCGAAGGGAUUCUCCAGAGAAGUUUUCUUUGGCACGUCGAUUUCUUUGCUCUGCGCUGGGACACUGGUUUGCCUUACCGAGGCGAAAGGGACAUAUUACCGCCAUCCUCUGCCUGUCUCUUAUGGCAACAGAUACAACCUUUAUACCUCAGGAUCUAGCCCUCAGCUCACUCCAGAGAAGCCCCUGGCGAAACAUAAGAUCUAUUGUGCAUAUGUGGUGCAGAGGAAUGUUACGUGCAUUCUUCAGGAUGGAGUGGAGAACUAUGUGAAAGCUGAGUAUCACAAGUGCAGCUGGGGACCCAAGUGUCCUGGAAAAGUCAUGUAUCGCACAUUCUUCAGACCCAGGUACAAGAUUGGAUACAAGACAAUCACUGAAAUAGCAUGGAAAUGCUGCCCAGGUCUUGUGGGAGAAGGAUGCCAUCAUGAUAAUCCCACUAGUCAACCAGGAAUUCCAUCCCAGCAUCCCAGCCCCAGGAUGCCUCCAACUCAGAAGAUGUUUCCAGGUCCCAGAGCUCCGCCUUAUCCCAAAAUCCCUGUGGACUCAUUUCCUAUACCAAAAAAGAAUAAUUACGGUCGAAAAAUGCCUACUGUGUUUGGAGACAGACUGGACCAUCUAGAAGAGGAGGUCAGACGUCUCUCACAGUCUUAUGAUACCUUAUACAAUAUGGUGAGUGGCUUGGGGGAUCACUUGCGACUUGCCAUCCAAGAAGAUACUAGUAAAAUGAUUGGAUCCCUCAUGAACAGUCCAACUGUUCCUGAUUCAGCCAUGGGAUUCGGAAUCAUUCCUGAUGGAAUUGUGGAUGCUGCAGACAAAGCUGAGCUCUCCCCUUAUCCACCUGUGGGUGAGAUCUUAGGCAAAGUGACUGAGAUGAGUGAUUCACUGAAAAUCAAGACUAACCUACUUGAAGAAGUGCAUGGCAUGGUCCUAGAUCAUGACGGGCAGAUCAAACACUUAAUGGAAUCAGCUCGGCCUUCACCACUCACCUCAAUUGAUAUGUUAGAAGAAUAUAUAGACAACAGGCUUAGCAACCUGAGGGUGGAGCUUUUGGAUGGCUUUGAGAAAAAACUGAUAAAUAUUCAGGGAACAUGUGAUUACCAGAUCAAGGAAGUAAAACAGCAAUGUGAGGAAGAGAAAGCAGCCAACCUUCGACUUCAGCAGAUCUUGGAUGGCAAAGAACUGGAAAUCAAGAAAGACAUUUCUCAACUAGAAACACAGAUUCAAGGACUGACAGUUGUAGAAAACUGCUGUAGCAACUUGAACUACCUCACUGAACGGAUGGAUAUUUUGGAAAAAGGCCUACAUAGUAUUUCUGAGUCUCAGAAAAAUCUAAACUCUAGGAUAGAUAUUGAAUUGUCCUCCGAUACUUUGGGGAAUCUCUUUGAAGGACACUUUGUGGACCUUGAGGCUAGGCUGAAUUUUACAGAGAGGGAAAUAGGACGUUGUUGUUCUAAUGUAGAAAACAGCAUGAGAGGUUUGAUGGGAUCAGAGCUAGAUGGCACAAAAGCUCUUUUUGAAAACAAAAUGAGAACUUUGGAGGAGAGACUCAUAACUAUUGUAGGAGAUGUGAAUAAUGUCAGUUCUACAUUGGGGCUAGAUGGAGCUGUAAUGCCCUUCUUGGAAGGAGAGCUUGCUACCAUAACAAGGGAAACAGAUGAAAAGAUGGAAGUACUACAGAGCCAACUGACGAACUUGGAGAGUACUUGCUUGUUGGGUUGCACUUCCAAAUCCAAAGAUGUAGAACUCUUCCGUACAGAGAUAGAAGACUGCCAAAACAAGAACCAAGAUUUACUUUUAAGAAUGGACAGCAAUUCAGAUCUGCUGCAAAAACUCAAUAUUACAAUCUUGGAGAUGCAGAGACGGAUUGAGGAGGAAACAGCUGGAACCUUGCAAGGUGAGAUCACAUUAUUAAAAAUCAAUUUGAACACCAUGACUAAAUCUCUAACUGGGCUGAAGGAUUCUGUUUCCCAGUACUCUGACUCAGUAGUGCAUGUUAACUCAUCCUUGGAUGAUCAUGAGCGCAAGAUAGAAGAUGAAGUCCAUUCACUUCAAGAAAAGAUCAGUAAUCAAGACUCCCAGCUUCUCUUCAGCAACAAGCGUGUCUUGAAUCUAAAGGGAGAUCUUGAAAGGCUGAGAUCCAGGAUCGUCAAUGACUUGAGCAACUGCAAAAGUCUGGCUCUCGGCCUGCAAAAAGAAGUGCUCCAAUUCGAUGACCGUGUGGCCCAAAUAGAAGAUAUGUGUGGCAGACUGGGCACAGUAACGGGAAGCCUAGAACACAUCCGAAAUGAAUUGGAGAACAAUGCAGGAAGUAUGUGGGGUUACAUGAAUCAUAUUAACAAAACUUUAACUACACACUCUGAGGAAAUAACUGUGCUCAAGAAUAAUUUGUUGGAUUGCCAAGCAAAAAUUACAGAACUAGCUGAAGAUGUUGGUCUCCUAGAAGGCAAGCUGAAAAACAACCAACAUUAGUUAUAUUGGGUCCAAAGUAUACCUAACUUAUAUCAUACAGACUCCAAAGAGAUGGUACCAGGAUUUUGGUUUUAUUUUGAUUUUGAGAGGGGAAAGGUCACUGAACUUUAAAAGCUGCUAUAGUCCUUUCCCUGAUUUCUUCGAUAUGACUUUUUAAUUACAAUGUAAGUAUGUUUGUCAUUAAGUGUUCUUUCUACAGAUAUUUAACAAUUGUACUUACAUAGCAGAGUGCCUUCCCAUAUUUCAGGUCAUAUUUAGGUUACAUUUCUAAUACAUAGUUCAGUUCAAGUGGAAACCGGAGACAAUCUUUUUAAAAUGGUUCUUUGCUUUGGGAAUAAAUCAAAAUCUAACACUUAAGGACUGAAACAAAGAAACCCAAUAUCUGCCAGAUUUAUUCAUCUACUAGAAGAGAAAUUAUUUUCAGAGGCCAUAAUACAAUACUCAGAGUCAUGUGAUAUUUAAGAUAAGACUUCCUCCACCCAUUUUAUAUAAAUGCUAAAAAAAAUCUCCAAAAUACGAGUUUGAAUUUUACCUGAUAGCAUCAACUGAUACAAACUUAUGGGGUAUUCAUGUAGGUCAGUGGCAUGAUAAGAGCUGAACCCAAUAAAAGAAUGCCCUUGAACAGAACAUAGUUAUUUUCCCUAUUGCAUUGUCCUAUAGUGAUCAAGCUGAAUUUUUCAAACUGAUAUUCUCAAAAAUUGUGCAAUCUGACUUUUGCAUGAAGGAUGGUAAGGAACAGGUCACCAGUUUAGAUCCAUCAGAUAGCUUAUUGCAAUUCUAGGAAUAGAAGAAAAGAAAGCAUACAUAAUAUAGUGUUCUAGCAUUACUAUAUUGUUGCUUCCUAUUUUUGUAUACAAAUGGAAGAAGUUCAGUUGCACAAGAUAAUUAUUAUUGUACCCAACAUAUUUUAAUCUGAUUUCUUCUUGGGCACUCUUGAACAACCAAUUCUUCUUCUAUUUAUUCUCACUUAUUUAUUUUUGAGAAUGAUAGCCUUCUUUUCAAAGGAAUUGCUCUUAAGGUAGUGUAACAGAAAUGGCAUGUAAUAAUCCAAUUUUGUUUAGUUCACAUUUACUUUAUUUCAAGUCAAACUACAAAUAGAAGCAAAUAUUCUUCAAAAUUCAUAUUAUUCCCCAUUCAGCAAUACAGAAUGUGUGUGUGUGUGUGUGUGUGUGUGUGUGUGUGUGUAAUCACCUACACAUAUUUGGGAAACAUGCAUAAAAUGCAUACAUUAGUGAAACUAUGACAGAAAUAUAUUUUAAGUUAUAAUGCAUAAUGUCAUAUAAAAAUUAUAAGCAAUACUGAUGAAAAUACAUUUAAUUUUAAAAGGAAUUUGUUUUGACCCAAACUGAAGCAGAAUCAUGUUGAACUAAAUUUAAAACUGAGAAAUAAGAAAAGUUAAACUUAGUACUAUUAAUCCAUUGGUAUGUAUGGCUCAAGAGAAUGUCAGAAGAACUCAGCUGCAGAUAAACCUCAAUAAGAAUGUUCUGUUCUGCAGCUGAAGGCCUGUUCCAUGCUUUUCUCCUAUUGGACCCACUUUUACAUUUUUGCUCCCACAUGAAGACUACAUUAAAUUACUGGGCAAUUCGCAUAACAUUAGAUAGUGGCUAGAGAAAAAUUUUCAGAUGCACAUAUGAAGAACUUGCCAUGCAGAAAUUAAGAGCAAGUUAAAUUGGCUUCCAUGUGAUAGUUACACUGGAUCCAGAGUAGGAAAGUACUCUGGGUCCAGGAUGGGUUUCCUAAUAGUAUCUGUGACUGUGACUUUUUAAAGGAAUCGAUGACACACAUACAGCCCGCACUAGGUCUGAAGGGCCCUUCCUCCUUUGGAUCCAAAAAGAUAUCCUUCUACUUGCGACUUCUAAAGAGCUAAUUCCUAGAUGUACCUUUUUCACACAAUAUGCAACUAUCGGAUGGGUUGAUUUUGUGCAAUCAAUCUGGCCUCAACUGUUAGUAGACACAUAAAUUAACAUUCUCUAGAAUGAGCUGUUACUGACCUGGUCCUUCAAGGUUUUCACACAUCACUCCUAUAAUCAAGUCCACCCACUUUAUCACUGGUUGUUCUUUUUCCUUCCACUUUUCCCAGCAUUAGAGAUCUCUGAAGUGAACUAGGUCCUUGCAUAAAGUGUACAAAAUAUCAUUUGAACCUGGUCAUUUGUGCCUCAGGUGAGAACUCUGGAUGGAAUACUAUGCUUAAGUUUAUAUGAAGAAAUGAAAGUGUAAACAAGAAUGUACAUAGUUACUGCAGCAGGGCAAAACUUUUCUUUUCCUGCUCACCUUCUAAGCCUUUUCUUAGGUAAUUCACAACCUUUAUCCUAGUCAAAUGCUAAUGAAGAGCAUCAAGAGAUGCUUUCCUAGUAUAGCUGUAUCAUUCUUCAUGAUUAAGCUGCCAGUUACUUUUCUUGUUCUUCCCUGGAACAAAAUGAUAGUUGUGUCACAUUUUUCUUUAUUGGUCUAGCAGCCCAAUGGGCACUCAGGAAUGAUCUACUCUUACUGAUGAGUAGUACCCAAGAAAUUAAUCCAAAUUAGUAAUUUUAUUCCAUAACAAAAUUUUAUGCCACUUCUCAAUAAUGAAUCAGAGCAAAAUUAAAAAUCAAAGAAGAAAGCCAACACUCUUAAUAAAAGAGAAGAAAUUAUCCUAGUGCAUCUUGUAUUUCUCUAUAGGAAUUUAUGUUUAUUAGAAAAAAAAAUCUUUCCAGCCAAACCUUUGCUCUAAACCAGAGUAUAUUCCGUUCAUCUUUCUCUUUCUUUUACCUUGCAGGGUUGUUGUAAAGAUAAUGUGCAUGAAAUGCUUUGAAUACUUGAAAUCAGCUAUGUAAAUGUUGCUUGUAUUAAACUGGGUAAAUAUA